CCUUCGAAAAUAUUAUCUUCAUCUUCAGCAUCCUUGCAAGAUCCUCUCUCAAGGCAUCCUUUUUACUCUUAAGCAUCAUUUUUCUCAUCUUCUACUAAAAGAGAAAAAGAACAUAAUUGAAAUUGCACCGACGGAAAAUCAUGAAAUCAAUUACCAUCAGUCUCCUAUUUACUUUCCUCCCAUUUUCGAACAGUUUCGGAGGAAGAAUUACUGCUUCAGAUCUCUUACCUGUAUUAGGGCUUGUUGAGCCGGAGGGAAAUCUUUAUGAUCCAAAACCUAGUGAUCUAGAUGUCUACAAUCUACGGAGGAUACUUGGCAGUUCAUUCGAUUCUGAAGUCAUGAGUACUCAACAACCAACAGCUGCUCGUCUACAUCCGAAUGGAACUGUGAAAUUGAGCAUAAAGAAAACCCGAUCGGGUCAUUUGGUACCAGUUGGCAUUCCACCCCGUCAUAUCAAACGGUUGCAUCUUCACACCAUGAAACUAGGAGAAGGCAAAAGAGUUAGUUUAAAAAUGGGAAACAAGAUGAGAAGAAGAUUUCGAGACUUGAUUUGGUUACAAAGCCAUUGCCCCUUAUUGCAAAAGUGGCGAGAUUUGGGUCCUCGAUUUUGGCCAAGAUGGUUCUUAGAGAAUUCUUGUGCGUCUCGUCCUACAUGUUCUUUUCCCAAAGGAAUGAUAUGUAAGCCUUACAAGUCUGUCAAUAAAGUUCUCCUACGGUGGCAUUGUCAGAAUUGGGAAAUGAAGAAAAAUUGCAAUUGGCUGAAAGUUCAAUAUCCUUUAGUUACUGAGUGCCGGUGUGGCUGUUAAAAACAUGUAAUGAUUGUCAAAUAAAAUUCUACUUGUCAAUGAAUGUACGCUUCAUAUGCAAAUAGCCUGCAUCAAAGCAUGCUUUAGCUAUUUGUGAGAAGCCAGCCAGCCGCUGAGGAGAGAACGUAACUGGAAAUGACGAUGGAAAUUUGACGAUAAUGAUUGCUUCAGUGUUCUCUGCCAAUAGCCUCAUAGCAUCAAUGUUAACUUAGAUAACUUUUUACAAGCGCGGAAAAAAAAUGUUAAGUUUUUAUUUGCUUAACGUAAAAAAAAUUUCAUUAAUAGUUUUUAUGAAAUUGCAUACAAAAUAAAUACUUCCAACUCUAUUAUAUUUAAACAUGCUGUUUUAAGUGGAAAAUGCUUUUUGGCACUACUGAUAACUUUUGGCAUUCAUUAAAGUUUGCUACAUCAAAUGAAAAAAAAAUAUUUUUUAGGUUUUACUAUUUAUUAUGAAUUUAUACGGUUUAUUCCAAUAAAUGUUUAGCCUCAUAAUGAUUGUAAAUUCAUGAUUGCAAAUAUAUUGCCGUUUUUGUACAGUGAUUAAUCACGUGUAAGCGCACAAUCUGAAUAAUGUAUGUGUCUAUUAUAUUGAAAAACUAGAAAAAAUGUCGAUUUCCAAAAAAUGAUCGAUACAUUGAAAAGAAAAAUAAUUAAAGAAAAAUAAAAGGAUAUGAAAAUUCAUGAUUGCUGCGUUCCUCGUAAGAAACCAGAUAAUUUAUUCUUACCAUAUUUCAAAAUUACUCACAGAAGUUCAUCAACAGAUGGGACUCUUGGCCAUAAAAUAUCGUGAAAAUAAUCACCAUUUCCAACAACUAUAUGUUUUAGUCUGAAGACAAAAAUAUCAGAAGGAGUAAUAGACAGUGUAGCAGAAAACAUUGUCUUAUAUUUUUUCGAACUAACAGCGCAAUCUGUUGGUAAAUAUUGUAACUAAAUUUAAAGUUUGUUGAGAAUAAAUAAUCUAAUUUCCUAAACAUAAUGUAGAAAACCGUGCAAUUCAACUUCUUUUUAUUUUUCUUUAAUCAAUUUUUCAUAUUGUCGGUUAUCUUUCGGACAUCUGAUAUAAAUUUAUUUUGUAAGAAAAAAAAUAUUAGAAUAGCAACUGAAUUAUUUUAUGUAUUAGUGCAAACGCUUUUAUACGGAAAAUCAUUUAAUAUAGCUUUAAUAGACAGAAAGUAGAUACUAUUUCAGAUAUGAUAACAGAGUGAUCAUGAAAUCUCAACUAUUACAGAUAAUGUAAUAAUUUUGGUUCACAAAUGAAAAAGUAUGAAUGGAUUUUUUAACAGAGAAAUAAAUUUUGAGAAAUGAGUAAACUGUGUUUGAAAUAAAAUUUUGUGCUAUCAAAAGAUUGUGAAUUGUAUAAUUUCCUAUGCUGAC